UUCUAGAAUCUGAAAUUGAAAAUAACAUCCGGCUAUUAUGGCUGCCUGUAUCGUAACUCAUAAGGUGGAGAAAAAGCCUUAAGCUGCUAUUACAGCCGAUAGCAGUUGUAGAAUACGGUACUAGCUCCCGCUCUUUGCAAUAUAUCGCGGUAAUUACCUCCGUACAUCUGUCUUGGAGCUCGAUUGGUCCAAGACUUGGUGGAAAUCAACUACCUCCGUCGGCCAUCAGCAAUGAGGCCUUCACGUCUUUCAAGAGUGAGCCCAGCAUCACUCGCAUUUCCCAGCUUGAAGCGGUCAACACAGGAUUUUAUUCCCAUCAGCCGUGCAUCAUCACCACUCGUUAUUCUCGCCCAUCGACAAUCUUCCUCCCCUCUCAUCCUCACCCGGAUUCUCGCCAUCACAACCGCCCACAUGAGCACCGGCAGCAAGCAACAGCCCAGGUUCUCGGCCGGCUCAGACCUGGCCGCCCUCGAAUCCACACUCUCUCCCUUGCUUACAUCCAAUGGAGGACGGUGGAAUCUCACCAUGGACGGCGAGGCACUCGAGCGCGAGUUCAAAUUCAAGACAUUUGCCAAGACAUGGGAUUUCAUGACGGCCGUUUCCUUGCAAUGCAAAAUCAAGAACCAUCACCCAGAGUGGUCCAACGUCUUCAACACAACCUUCAUCCGCUGGACAACCCACCACCCAAAGGGCCUCUCAGCAAAGGACAUCGAGCUGGCAGCGCAAUGCGACCAGCUGGCCCAAGACUUUGGCGAGGUCGCCGAGCAGGAGCAGCAGUCAACACAGCCAUCGCCGUCUCAACCAACAGGGAGAGGACCGCAGCAGCAGCAGCAGCAGCAGACUGGUGGGACAGCAACAUGUGGGCUCGCUGGGCUGGCCGCCAGGGCGGUUGGCUCGGCCGGUGAUUGCUGCGUGCCGAGAAAGUGAAUAAUAUCAAUGGAUACUUGCGUCCGUGCCUGCCAAACACCAACCACCGAGCUAGGUCGGGGAGGGAGCGGCCUCACACAGAGCGUACAGGGCGGCAGCCGGAGGCGCUGUGGGGUGAAAUCGGGCGGGUUUGUACGUAACUGUUUCGUUAGGUGGGAUCAAAAGACUGGGAACGUACCUAUGCAAUGCAAUGCCAUUACGGAGUAUACACGUGUACAAUACCAUACAAACGGAUGAUGGGUGGGC